ACGAACAAUAAAUAAUAAUAAUAAUAAUAAUAAUAACAGUAAUCAUCACACAGCAAUAGCCUAAUAUUUUAAUUACUGAUAUAGUCUCUGCGUUUGCUAUGAUACGAUAUUGUUCUUGGUUUUUCGUUGUUUUUCUUUAGCGACUCCGGAAAAACAUCGCGAUAAAAUCGUUCGCCGACUUACUGUCUACUUGUUGACCGACGCUUUUCAAAAGACGAUAAAAGUAAUAUGUAACAGUCCUGAGCUUUGAAGUGGGUGAUAUAAGUUACUGUAAAUACCUAAGACAAUUGCCAAGUGUGAAACAUUUAACAAUCAAGCACUAUGGUGUAAACUAUCAAUUAAUCUUGCGUUAUACAUAAACAUGGUGUGUGAAAAUCCAGCUUUCAACUUCGAUUUUUGGAAUGAUCCAAACAAUGAUUCUGUUGUGGAAGUAACUUGUUUAAUGCCUAAUAGCAUUUCAAUACCUUUAACAGUUUCUUUGAGCACAUCGUUACAUGAAUUAAAAGAGGAACUAUGGGAGGAAGCAGUAAAAUAUCCGUUACACGGCAUGUUGCACGACUCAAGCAGUUACAGUAUAUCAUAUGUCAAUGCAAUGGCUGAACGUGAAAUGCUUGUUGAUGAAAACAAAAGACUGUGUGAUGUACGACCAUUUUUAGCUGUGCUAAAUAUUGUUGAACGAAAAGAAGACAAAGCUGAUAAUGUACUUAAUGCUCAAAUCAGUAAUCUUAUUGGGAAAGGUCUAAUGGAAUUUGAUUCAUUAAAGAGUUCAGAAGUGAAUCAAUUUCGUGGGAAAAUGAAAGCACUGGCUGAUCAUAUGCAAGUCAAUCGACGACGAAAAACUUGGUUAGAAAGACUUGUAUAUCAGUUUGCACCACGCUUAGCUGCUUCCACAUUAUCAUCAAAUGUUUUGCCUGCUACGGUUACUAGAAGACUAAGAGAUGAUAAUUUUUCAAUUGUGAUUAAAUUUGAUAACACUGAGACUACUUUUACAUUUAAUGUUGGUCUUAGUACAACACCUGAACAAUUAAUGUUGCAAAUAAUAAAUAAACGUGCUAUGACAUUAAAAACUAGAAAUGAAAAGUGUUCAGAUUUUACUUUGAAAGUCUGUGGCCGAGAAGAAUAUAUUGUUGGCCAACAUCCUUUGAUCGACUAUGCCUAUAUACAAGAUAGUCUAUCUCAAGAUCUCAACCCUAUUUUGAUCGCUGUUUCCAAGUAUAAUGUUCCAGUUCCAGAAGAAGUUUACAUGGAUCAGACUGAUAGCAUAGAGCAAAAUAAAAUGCGUACAACAACUCUACGUAAAAAGACAAAACACAAAUUGUCAUUUGAUAUAGAUGAACAAUUUAAGUUCAAAGUAAACUAUAUUAGUAAAUUAAACUGUGAUGUUACUAGAGUUGUUGAAGUUGGAAUUGAAGCAGCUUUGUUUCAUGGGGGUAAAGCCUUGUGCGAAUGUGUUAGGACAUCUGAAAAGAUUGUUAACAAUGGUGACUGCACUUGGGAUGAAGAAUUAGUAUUUGAUAUGAGUGUAGCUGAUAUACCACGAAUGGCCCGUUUAUGUUUAGUUGUGUAUGAAGUUUCCAAGACUUCCAAAGGAUUAAGAACUAGACGUAUUAAAGAAUCAAAACAAGAAAUGUUUGUGACACCUAUGGAUUGGGUUAAUACUACUGUAUAUGACUUUAAAAAUCAGUUAAAAAAUGGAUCAAUUACAUUAUAUAUGUGGACAUAUGCUGAUGAUAUGCAAAAUGAAGACUUACUGCAUCCACUUGGUACUGUUGUAUCGAAUCCAAAUAUUGAACAAACAACAGCACUAACUAUAACUUUUCAUCGUUAUCAACCUCCCGAGCAUGUUAUAGUUUACCCGAGCUUAGAAAAAUUACAAGAGUAUGCUGAAAAAAAAGGAAAAGAAGACUUAAAUGAUCAAGCUACAGGAGAUUCACAAUCGCUUACAGCUUAUUUAGAUCAAAUAAAGACAAUGGCGGAGCGAGGAGAACCUUUAGAUGAAAUGCAUGAACAAGAUCGAAAGAAACUAUGGCGUCAUAGAUACCUUAUAUUACAAUCUGUGCCUGGGCUAUUAGCCAAGCUAUUAGAUUGUGUAGAAUGGGGUAUACGGUGGGAAGUAGCAGAAGCCACUUCAUUGGUGUCUAAAUGGCCUCUCUUGGGUCCUCAGCAAGCUUUGGAAUUACUUGACUAUGCUUAUGCUGAUCAAGUUGUCCGAAGUUUUGCUGUCAAGUGUUUACAAACACUGAGUGAUGAAGAUCUUUCAUUGUUUCUUUUACAAUUAGUCCAAGCUCUUAAACAUGAAUCUUAUUUAUGCUGUGACUUAGUUGAAUUUUUACUUACUAGAGCAUUACAAAAUCAAAAAAUUGGCCAUUAUCUAUUUUGGCAUCUAAGAUCAGAAAUGCAAGUAGCAUCCGUGUCUGUGCGUUUUGGUUUAAUGUUGGAAGCCUAUUGUCGUGGGUCCAUUGAACAUAUGAAAUCAUUAAUAAGGCAAAUGGAUUUUUUGGAGAAACUAAAAAAAACAACAGAAUUGGUUAGACAGCGGCGUGAUAAAGAAAAAGCUCGAUCUUUUUUACAAGAGUAUUUCCAAGAAGGACAUUGUAUGGAAACUAUGUCAAGCGUCAAUAGUCCUUUAGACCCUAGUUAUAAGUAUAAAAGAGUCAGAACUGAAAAAUGUAGAGUAAUGGAUAGCAAAAUGAAACCUUUAUGGAUAGUUUUUGAAAAUGUUGAUUCACAUGGUGAUGACAUCUAUGUUAUAUUUAAAAAUGGUGAUGAUUUAAGGCAGGAUAUGCUUGCUCUUCAAAUGAUACGUAUUAUGGAUAAAUUAUGGAAAAACGAAGGAUUGGAUUUAAGAAUGAAUCCAUACCAAUGCAUAUCAACUGAUAACCGUGUGGGUAUGAUUGAAGUAGUAUUGAAUGCUGAAACCAUUGCUAAUAUUCAAAAAGAAAAAGGAAUGUUCUCAGCAACAUCUGCUUUUAAAAAAGGAUCAUUAUUAGCAUGGUUGAAAAACUACAAUCAAACAGAACAGUCAUUGCAAAAAGCGAUUGAAGAAUUUACAUUUUCUUGUGCUGGUUAUUGUGUAGCUACAUAUGUACUUGGAGUUGCUGAUCGUCAUUCUGAUAAUAUAAUGGUCAAAAAAACGGGCCAGUUGUUUCAUAUUGACUUUGGGCACAUUCUCGGUCAUUUUAAAGAAAAAUUUGGUUUUCGUCGUGAGCGUGUGCCAUUUGUAUUAACCCAUGACUUUGUUCAUGUCAUCAAUAAAGGACAAACUAGAAAAGCUUAUGAGUUUCAAAUGUUUCAGAAUCAUUGUGAAAAGGCGUUUCUUAUAUUAAGGAGGCAUGGCUCAUUAAUAUUGUCUCUUUUUGCAAUGAUGAUAUCGACUGGUCUUCCUGAAUUGGGUUCUGAAAAGGAUCUUAACUAUUUACGUGAGACACUUGUACUAGACUUAUCAGAAAAUGAUGCUAAACUGCAUUUUAGGUCCAAGUUUGAAGAAGCUUUAGGCAACUCGUGGAAGACUUCACUUAAUUGGGCAUCUCACAAUUUAGCAAAAAACAACAAACAAUGACAAAAGUUUCUAAUUGGCUUGGAGCUGGCCAUACUGCCUUAAUUUCAGUUCGAGCCUACUAAUACUAUGUUUUCCUAAGUGGUAGUAGAAAAUUGUAUUAAAUUCAUAGAACAGAUGUUUAAUUUGUAUAUGGGAGAGAAAGACGUUAUUGAUUAUAAUAUGGUUACCCCGUACGAUUUUUUGUAAGUACAGAAUCGUGUAAAAUUAUUUUUAAUAAAAUAAAAUAAAUUGCAAUAUAUAAAUUGUGUGAUGAAGCACGGCUGUUAUAAAUUAUUUACAGUUAAUGUAUUAGUACGAUACCAAUAUAGGUCCAAAUUAUUUA